AUGAUCAAUGCAAUGAUGCUGACGUGGGCCGUUGCGCUGUGUAGUCUGGUGACGUUGGGAAGAGCGGCUUCUUCACUGCCUGGUAGCAGCAGUAGCAGCAGCAGCAGCAGUAGUAGUAUGAACAGCGGUAGUAGCAGUAGUAGUAACAGCUUUCCGGUGUUCGGCACCAAACGAUACGCUCGUUCAAAUCUGAUCCCCUCGAAUGAGUACGGUGGACAGGGUCUGUCGGUGCCGGUGUAUCACCUGCCAAAUGCCCGGUACUACGACGCACAGGUACCGGCCCAGUACUUCCCGUACGCACCGUAUCAACCACCAUCCAGCAACGACUACUACGACGAUGCCGGAUACUACGGAGACACCGGUAAAAGCUACUACUAUCUGCCACAGCCGCAACACCGCCGGUAUCAGCGUAACAACGAGCGCUACACAUCGUACGGACUGCCCACGUAUCGAGGCGAGUACAAACCGACACCGUACUACUACGCACACGGACCGAGCUACAGCUACUCCGACGAUCACGAGUCAAGCAAUCCGCUCGACGAUCUGCACGAGGAGAUGCUGCAGGAAGACGAGCGGGAACGUGCGCGUGAUUACUAUCCCGUCGGGCAGGAGCAGUGGUACGAAAGUCCGUCGCGUCAAGAUUCGGCCUUCCUGCGCAAUCUCCUUCUGUACAAUAGCCAGCUGCAGAACUUUGGGCGCGGUAGACAACUUCCCCCGCUGGACAUGUCCAACGAGGAAGACUUUGAGGAGUACGAUGAUGCCGAGCCUGAUUAUGAGUAUGAUGUGCCGAUCGCUGACACUCGCCCGAGCUAUGGUAAUUUCUAUGGCAAUGGUUAUCGAGCCGAGAGCUUGCCAGCUUACGGACCGGCGGGAGUAGGGCCUGCGAGCAGUCGGAACACAUUCAGCCAACUAAACAGCUUCCGCAACAGCAUGGCGAAGAAUCAAAUUGACGAGGAUGAUGAGGAGGUGGCGGAGCUGAAGUCACUCAUACAUCAGCAGAAAAACAGCCAGCGAUUACCACCCAUGUUGAUGGACAAGAUGGCACCGUUCGUCUUGAAGCAGCAGCAACAAUAUCCGGCAGCACCGAAACCAUCACAACCUCAACCACAGCCCCAGCAGGUACAUCAGCGGCAAUCGAAACAACAGUACCAACAGCUGCAACCACAGCAACAAACGCAACAGCGACAGAAGGAACUGCAGCAACAGCAGCAAUUGCUGCUACAACAACAACAACAGCAACAACAGCUGGAAGCUCAGCAGCAACUUCAAAAGGAGCAGAAGCAACAGCAGCUACUCCGUACACUUUCCUCCGACUAUCUACCGACGUACGAGACGGACAACUGGCCGAAGGAUAGCCCAAGCUACAAUGCGUACGAUUACGAUGCCGACGAGUACGACGAUUCCUGGAGCCACUGGGAUCGCAAGCGUAACGUGCAGCCGAAGAAGGCCACCUUCUCCUCUACCACCACCAAAACGACCACGCAAACAACGACGAAGAAACCGAAAGCGGUCAGCCCCGGCACAACCAGUACGCCUGCGCCAGUCAAACCUGCUACACAAUCGUCGAAGGCGGGCCACGGUCAGAAGGAGGUCGUACUGCCAAGACCCACCAACCCGCGAAAUCUCUUCGCUGCGAACCUGAUCCAGGCCGUGGACGAAUCGCGGAUGCAGAUGGGUACGCAGAAGGGCGAUGAGGGUUCCAAGCAGAAAGAGCCCAAGUCCAGCAAGAUCUACGAUGCGCUCAGGGCUAUGAUCAACAUGAAGCAAGAUUCUGAGGACGCUGAUCUUCGCCAGCAGCUAGAACAUCAGAAGCAGCUUGCCCACAUUCAUAAGCGAUUCGUCUCGAACGAGGAAUCGCUCGUACAGCAGCUGGACGGAUUGAAGCGGGCGGCUUAA